AUGAGCCGUAAGCCGACGGGCUACAAAGAGGUCCGCGUAACCCGCGGUCAGGUCGAAACCAUCUCGAUUACCAAGGAUGAUGAAGUCAGGACUGAGGAAUUUGAUAUUCUGCCGCUGCCCGAAAAGAUCUAUGGCGAGACUUGCAUUGGUAUGCAAAUGUUCGUCCCGGAGGCGAUGAAGGACUACGUCUUCCCAAUGAGCCAAAAGCCGAAGGACUACCGCGUGCUUAACGAUCAGCGCGACGGAGGGAAAUUCGUUCACAUCACCGGCCGCGACGGAAAACAACAUUCAUUUGUUAUAUGGCCGAUGCGCGACAAGAUCAAUGGCGAGACGUGGUACAGCCAAUCGAACCUGCUGGCCUUCGACGCAGUUUGCGUUCCCCGUGGCAGCAACGUGACGGGUACAUACCCCGUCCCACCAACCGCAAAUCAUCGGGAAUUCGUUGACGAGUCGACCACGAAGAAGCCGUCCGGA